AUGCGCUGGAUCAUCGUUGUGACUGACCCCCAAUUGAGGGUGCCCUGCGGAAUCCUGCUACAGACACCAGCUCCCAAGGGGGACUCUAGCUUUAAAUGGAGCAGGGGCCGUGGUGAUGCGGGAGGCGGGCCAGAGCCGGCUCUCCGAGGGCGCGCCCGCGGGCCUGGGACAAAAGGGCUCGCUGCCCCUCCCUGCAGCGCCGCUGGGGGGCGCCGGUGGGCCCGCGCGUGGCCCGGCGGUUCUCGCGACAACUGCGGCGGCGUCGGCGGCGAAUGGGGGCCCUGUGUGGCCUGUGAGGCCUCUCCGGAGUCCGGCGGGGCCAUGGACAAGACCCCAUCCCCAGUGCCGGCCCUGCCGGCCCAUUCUGCCGCCACCCCUGCAUGCCAGGACCUCAGGGCUUCACUCAGCCUCCCUCAAAACAAAGGCAAGGAGGAGGCACCCUCAUCCUCACUUGGGGGUUGUAGCAAUCCAGGGUCGUGUGGAAGCCAGAACCCUGGUUUGAGUGGUGGCAUCAGGAUUCGAACUCAAGAUCUGCGGCUGCCAAAGCGCAGGUCUGUCCAAGGGAAACGCUACCAGUGUUCGGGCGAUGGCUGCCGCGUGGCUUUCCGAAGCACGAGAGAGCUGUUGGACCACUUGGGUGUUCACUAUAGGCCCACGCAGUCGUUGGAGGGCAAAACCUUCCAUUGUUCCGCUUUGGGCUGUGCGGAAACCUUCCCCUGCAUGCAAGAUCUCAUGGAACACUCGAAGAUCCACUGCAAGCCAAACCGUUACUUCAAGUGCGAGAACUGCCUGUCGCGCUUCCAGACGUACCGCUCCCUCCUCAAGCACCUGCACGUCUGUUCCGACAACAGCCGCCCUUCGCCAGCACUGACGGAGGAGAAGCCCGUCUUUCCGACUACCUCUGGCUCGGAGAAAGAGCCUCCGGAGAAGCUGCUGGGCCGGCUGCCCAAAUUCCAGGCGGUCAUCCAGCACAUGAAGAAGGAAGCCGUCCUUCCCGGCGAAGCAGAGGCCACCUCGGCCCUGGCGAGAGACUCGCUGCCCGCAGACCUCCCCAGCCCCUUGGGGCCUGCGCCGUCGCCCUCGUCAGCUUCACACCCAUUUCCUCUGUUGGAGGCCCCCCUCUUUGGAUCACCCGCCCUGGCGCGCUCCUCUGGGCCUCCUCACCCUCCAUUACAAGGGCCGUUCAUGCCCUAUAUGCACCCCCCGCCGUUCCCUUUACCUCAGAACCGUCUCCGGCCGUAUCUUCCCGGCCAAGGCCUUCCCGUCUCCAAUGCUGUAUGGAAGAAAAGCCAAGGACACUCCUCCAAUAGCCGCAUCGUGUGGGAACACACCAGGGGGCGCUACAACUGCUUGCAGUGCUCCUACUCGACUGCCUUGCGGGAAGAGAUGACCCAGCACACGGAGGACCACCGCAAGAAUGCCCCCCCGCCCGGCCGCCUGGAUGGGGAAAUGGACUUUGGGGUCGGCCUCCCUCCCUUCCACUCAAGGAUGACACCAGAAAUGGACGCCUCCCUCUUCUCGCCGCUCUGAGACUCCUGCUUGUGCUGACUGAGUUUCCUUCUGUUCAUUUUCUGAUCAACCCCCCCAGGGGGCCGGAGGGGAUGCUGGCAGGUAUUUGCAGCCUCAAAACCACACUUGUGGGGGGGCCCAGAGGUUGCUUCCACACCUGGACGUUUUGCUCUGGGUCGGCCCCUGAACACGUAUUUGGGGUUUCUUUUAUUUUUUUCCCUUCUCCCUUUUCAAAGAGCCCCACUGCCUCACCUCCUGAUUUAUUUGGAUGCGAUAUUUUUGGAAGGAUCCUAUUUUGUGAUUUGGCUCGAGUGGGACUACCGAGGCGGUCGGUCGACACAGCAUUAUUUGCAUACCACAUGGCGGGGAAGGGCUGCCUUUUCGAAGGUCCCAGGGACGGCGUGUCCUUGUGCAGCUUUAAAGAACCCGCAGGGCACACCUGGCGACCGUGUCGGAAUGAUCUACUCAGGCGGUCUUGCCCCUCCGAGUCCCCAGAUUCCAAUGACAAAAGCCGGCCUCCAGCCCUCGAGACGGCAGAGAAGCGAAGCAGCGCUUGAGGCUUUUAAUAAAAGGAAACCAGGAAUCCAGAGGACCUAGUCGAUCACAAUGCCAGUGGAUCAUUAUAAUGCUUUAGUUGCAGAUUUUUAAACUCCAGGGUGGGGGGAGUGGCAGACACGGGCCUGAGGCAAGGAACGGUCAUGGAAAGUUGUACGGCCGUUGUUGUUAGAGAACUAUAGCUGUGUGGCAGCCGCCCAGCACAGAGGGAGGCGCCCGAGUGGGCUUCUAAGGUUGGGUGUGGGUGACAGGCACUGAGGGAGGGGGCCAAAGGGGGUGGCGGUGGUAGAGGAAGGGUGACGCGUAAUUAUUCCUUAGACUUCAAAUUGAUCUAGGAACCUUCUGUGCAUUUUUUUCCUUCCUCUGACUUUUUUCCCCCCCCAAGUUUGGUUUCUCUUGCUUUGAAGGCAGAUUUUUUUCACCCUCUUCAUAGACAAUGAUCAAUUUGCUCAGGUUUGUUAGUGGGGGCUGCUGCUGCUGCUGCUGCUUUUGAAGAGAAAUGAAAAACAAACAAACAAACCCCAAGAUUUAAUUAUUGAAAAAUAAAUGGGAAUUGUGCAGCAUA